AUGGACCCUCCGGAGCUGGUCGCAAUAUGCUGCGACGAGGCCACGAUGUGUUCUCGCCGGCACUGCGACACCAGCGGCCGCGGUCACCCAGAGGAUCCCACCCGUCUAAAAGCCAUCAUUGAUCUGCUGCGGCAUGAGAGGAUCAACCUGGAAUCCUAUGGUGAGCGUUUCCUCGUCGAUUUCACGCGAACGUAUGCGUGCCGACCGGCUACGCUCGAGAUGCUCCUCUAUUGCCACAGUGAAAGCCACGUGAUGCGUCUGAUGGGAUUCUGUCAUGAUGUGGAGGAGCUCAAUGCUGGAUGUGCCGCAGACGAUGUAUGCUGCCACAGCGACUCAGACUAUUGUACUUCAUACCCGGUCGACGAGGACACGUACGUUACAAGCCAGUCCGAACGUGUCGCCCGUUUAGCCGUAGGAGGGAUAGUACAUCUUGCUGACACCAUUAUGGGCAAGUCGGAUAUGCGUUCAGAUCUGAAACAAGAGAGUGCGAUGAACACUACAGCAAACGAGCAAAGAGGCCGUGUCGGGGUCAAAAGGGAUACAGAGGCCAACAUCGAUACCAAUGACAUGCCGUUGCAUACGGCGGUAGCAGAAGAAGCGGAUGUUAGCCGGAAUAGCGAUGAUAAAGAAAAAGUCUCCAGCCAACAGCACGAGCUGAAAAAAGAUCGCGAGGCUGCUGGACAACAUGGUGCAAGUGUUGCAUCUGGUACGGAGACGAGUGACAAUGGUGUCCCAUUGCCGGCAGAAACGCUUCACAAAUCUGCGUUUAUUGACGAUGUGGCACGGCAGUUGAGCACUCUAAAAGUUUCGGAGACGCAAGCUGACGUACCGCACCGGCGUGUCCGCAAGGGGUUCUCCCUGACGCGGCCUCCAGGCCAUCACGCGACCCGGGAUAAAAUGAUGGGAUUCUGCCUGUACAACAAUGUAGCAAUCGCCGCUGCCCACUUGCUGCGGAAUCAUGGGCUUAAGCGGAUUGCGAUAGUGGACAUAGACGUGCACCACGGGAACGGCACGCAGGACAUUUUCUACGAUAACGCUGAGGUUUGCGUAAUAUCUAUUCACCGUUACGGCACGCAAAAUCAUGCGUUCUAUCCAUACAGCGGUAAUUAUGACGAAAUUGGUGGAACAAAUGCCUUGGGAAGCAACGUCAAUAUCCCGUUGACUGCAGGUUACGGCACCCACGACAUGGUGUAUGCAUUUCAGGAGGUAGUGGUGCCGAAGUUGGAACACUUCAAACCGGAAUUCAUUCUCGUGUCAUGUGGGUUUGAUGCGGCGAUGCACGACUUCCUCGGCGGCUGCGGAGUGACCCCGGAAUGUUACGGGUGGAUGGCGUUGGAACUUUGCAAGGUCGCUGAGCGCCACAGCAACGGACGGUUGCUACUAGCGUUCGAGGGCGGAUAUAACCCCGCCAUAAAUGCGAGCUGCUCCGAUGCCAUAUUUCGCACGCUGAUCGAGUACGAGACCGACAGAAGCAUUACACGGGGAUGCGACUACAACCGAUCCAAAGUAAGAAAAGUGACGCGAUUUGUUUGUAGCCAACUACGGCAGCUCUUGUUCAGCGGGGCCGAUUCUGUGCUGGAUUUAUCGACUUCGUUGAGUCGUUCAAGGGCUCACAGUCCCCUCGCUCUGUCGGGCACGCCGUCGGCACGUACUGCACAGGUUGCGAAGCCGCCGGAUUUGAAGUGGACCGAGUACCACGGCACCGUGACCGACAACAGCUUCGUUCUUGCAGGUGGUCAUCCGAACCAGUUCUUGAUCCCUGUGAACGCGCCGAGUGGCGAUUUGUGCAAGAUUUGCAGUCCCAGGGAGGUGGCGUUCUACAGAUGGCUCUACCGAAUAAAUGGCGUCGCUCUCGAGGUUAUCGAUCGUCCAUAUCCGUACCUCAGGUUGCCAUUCUCCAAUGGAGAGGUGGAUGUCAACAUUACAGGAUUCAGGCCAGUCAUAGACUCUGAUCCAUCUCCUAACACUAGGCGCUUUAGCAGUGGCAGCUUGGUCUGUUCAGAUCCUGACAUAACGGACGGCGCGGAUUCGGUGAAAGCUUUGAUAAAGUUUGUGGUAGAGUGCACUGGACUGUACACGGAACGUGUAUUUUCGGCGUGGCCUACGGAGCACUCACACCGCGCCGCCGUGCGCCUGCGCAAUGCCAUCCACGGCAUGCGUAACCCGUGUGUGAUGGACCUCAAAAUGGGCACUCGACUGUAUGGCGAUAACAUCACAGACUCAAAGCAUAUUGCAGAGAAGCAAUCGAAGGCAGACAAGCGUUCUUGCAGCGUUCACGGCUUCCACAUCUCCGGCAUGUUCCACUGGUGUCGUGAGGCCAAGAAGCUGUUCUACUUACAAGGCAACGUUGCAAACACGCUGGAAACACGCGCCAAGCUCUUGUAUGCCUUCAGACUCUAUUUCGCCCGAUUCCAGGACCCACUGCUCUCGGUCCGGGUAUGCGAGAAGUUCCUCAAGCGGCUGGACGAACUUCGUGCACUUUUCGAGAGGCAGACGCAGCUGGCGUUCUAUGGCAGCAGCCUGUUGUUCGUGUACGACUCCGGCACAGUUUCCAUCAGUACCGCUGCUGAGUUGGCCAAUGUGCACAUGAUCGACCUCUCGCAUGUUUCGUACAACACUGGAUGCGUUGACGAAGGCUACCUCCUAGGCCUGCGCACGCUGAUAGCGUUGCUACGCGAAACGCGGAACUCGUUGGCAGUGUGA